AUGCCGACACCUCGCGCCUGCUGCUCUUCCUGCGCCUCCCUCAACUGGAACGCGCGGCUGGCGCUCAUAGUGUCGCCAAUCAACAUGGUUGGCGUCGGGUUGACAGAGUCUACGAUGACGGCCUUUGCGUUCCUCAUCACCCGCAGCAACUUCCUGGUCGGCCUCUCGUCCACGGUAUCUGGCCUCGCGCUGCUGCUCGUUGCUCCGUGUGCAGGAUGUCUCGCGGAUCGAGUCGGCAGGCAGGCCGUCCUGCGGCUCGCGAGCGCGCUGGCCGUGCUCUCCGCCGCCUGGGUCUUUGUGUGGCUCUUGUACUUUCAGCCGCACACCAGCGACCGCACCUGCUACGCGCUGCUCCUCGGCUCGCAGUUCCUGGGCGGCCUGCGGCGCGGCAUCCAGCAGCCCGCCUUUGAUGCAAUCUUCGGCGACUCGGUCGCGAGCGGCCGCCGCUCUCAGAUCUACUCGUGGCUGUCGUCGCUGAGGAAGUUGGGCCUCGCGUGCGGGCCCGCGACGGCCGCGGCAAUCUUCUUUGCGCGGGGCGACAGCUGGACAGAGCCGGAGCUCGUCGCCGUGCUCCUCGCCGGCGCCGCCGUGCGGCUCGUGCCUGCCGCGCUGCUGUGGCUCUUCCGCGACGAGCGCUCCCUCGGCCAGGAGCGCGGCGUAGAGGCACCUCCGAGGCGCCUCUGA